AUGAAUAUUCCUUUGCCCACUGAAACACCAAUGGCCGAAAUGGAUUCUGAAUAUCUUCUUGAUGUAUUUAAGGCACCUAAUCAGCUUUCUAAAUUAAUAUGGGGAUUAAAUUCGGAAAAUUUCGAUCAAUACACUGACCAAAUCAUAAAUCUCAUCAAAACACAAAAUGUACCACCUCAAAUGGCCUUUCACUUCAUUAAUAUCGUGGCAGAAUUUAAAUCAAAACAAAUUUCUUUGUAUUCUGAUUUAUAUCAAAGAAUUCUCAAUGAAUUUUCAUUGAAUAUUAAGCCAGAUUGUUCACAGUUGGCAAUAUUAUUAUACGAUAAAGGAUUCCACGAUUUUCUUUCUGAACCUCCAACUAGUGAAGAAAUUCACAAAAUUCUCAACCCUUAUGAAGAAAAUACUGUCAACUUUUACAUUGCUUCGGACAGAGUUGAUAUGAUUGAACCUAAAUUUUCUGAUAUUCCGUUGAAUGGAAAGAAAAUGAAGGAUCCUCCACUUGAUGUCGCUAUUAUAAAUGGAUCAGAAUUAUGUUUCAAUUACUUCAGGAACAAGGGAGCAAAAUACACUGAUUCCUCUCGAGUCAGUAAUGGAAAAUGA